AUGCGCUCCCAGACGCUGCGGCUCCUGCUCGCUGACUGCACUCAGUGCUCGGCUGCUGGCGCGGUUCGCAACACGAAAAAAAACAAAGUUUUAGCAGACAGGCAGAAGAAAGGACUCUCCUGCAAGUCAUCAAGGAUGGCCGCCUCCUCCUUCCUAAUCCUAGCUGGGCUUUUCAUUUCAUGCAGAUGGGCUCCAGUAGCCCUACAGCCAUGGACCCUACCCAACCACAGCCUAAAGUUUCAACUGGGCCGAGCCCAACGAUCGGCUUGGGUGGGUCUCUCUCUUCGACGAGAUAUCGCCGGCCGCCGCUUCACGGUGUGCCCCCCGCACCGCACCCCCCCCCCCCCCCCCCCCCCUCCUCGCCGCCGACUCGCGCGACCAAGCGACAGAGCCCAUGGCCGGCCGCCGUCACCGCCCACCGCCGCCGCAGCCGACGAGCGCGUCCGGCGUCGGAACCGUGACGAACCCGCACUGCAGGAUCCCGCCGCUCUCAGUCUCAGGGAAGUUGAUGUUGCAAAAAGGCCAUCUAAGAAGCCCUGCCAUGCUGCGAGCAAGACCUAUACAUCCUCUAUCGUGUCUAGCCCAAAUAUUUGGGCAGAUCUCCUGGAAUGUCUGCUUCACCAAAUUAUGGCUCUACUUAGCUCAUCAAGUGACAUCCUUGCCUCCUUCCCAUCUACAUUGAGCUUCAGCCACCUCUCUGCUUGCAUUCACACAUCCAUUAUCCUCAUCGUGGUCACAGCCGCAUCAAGUACAGUCUUCUCCACAACUGCACGUGGCAGCUCACUGAUCCUAGAAAGGGAUCCUCCUCCUGUCGCUGUGUGCCACCCCACAACCAUCUAAGCCGCAUGCACUAUUUGGGUUGCUCAUAUGGUAAUCUUAUAUUCUCCAACUCGCAUCAGUGCCUCCUUGUUGAUGCUUUUGGUUUUACUACCAUGAGGCCUCCCAAAUUGAAAUCCACAUGCAAGCAUAAGAUCUACGACGGAAUCCUUGAUGGUAUCCCCUCAAGUCCCCAACUCGCAUCUCUUCUUUUGCUCGAGGUCAUCCAUUUUCCGGUGGCAAGUUGGG